AAUAUGCUAUACUGACGAAUGACGCACCGUUCAGUUCCAAACGCAUGCGCAUGUACUGGUUGGCACUAAAGUGCAGCGAGGACGUGGGCAAUAUCACUUUGUUAAGUAUCAGUUUCAAAUGCGAAUCUAACGCUUGACAAUGGUAACAACUUGCUGUGUUCCGAGAUGUAAGAACAGAUUCACUAAGCAGUCAAGCCUAGAAUUUUACAGGAUCCCAUGCGAUUGUGAAGCAAGAACAAAAUGGACACUGGCAAUAUUCAAAGAUGCGAAUGCCACACCAAGCAAAUGCAGCCGUAUAUGUGGGGAUCAUUUCAUCUCAGGGAUGAGGAGCCUCGAUCCCAACCAUCCAGACUAUGUUCCAUCUCUGUUUCCAUCAACAACUCCUCAAGAACAUCAAGUACUCAGGGACAAAUAUGCCUUAUUUCGGAAAAAGCAAGAAAAGUCUCUGUCGGCAACUUACAAUAAUCUUAAUGCAGUGAAUCAACUGUGGCUGGAAAAAGGAUGGAAUCAAGACUCCAUUAACAAAUUGUUCUCUGGUGAUAUAAGUUGCAGAUCACAGAACCUUUUCCAAACAUACACACCAAACCCUUUGACAAGUACUCUUACAAAACCACAGCCAUCAAAAGACUACAGUACGAUGAAUGUUAUGCAUUCGCCUACAGGCCAGAAGGCACAAGAAGAGUUUCUUGUUCUUCAAGUGGUUGGUCAGAGGAAAAUGGUGGUUCGUCUGGCUCUACCUGUCAAACAUGGGUCUUCUUCUCACCUGUCUCAAGAAGGGCAGGCCAACAGAAGCUGUAUGAAGGAUGGCAUGCACGAGUAUGUCAAUUCACUUGAUGAAACAACUAAGACUCCUAAACUGGAAGUGCCUGAUAUACCAGUGAAGGAAGAUAAGUCUAUUCAAUUUGAUGCGUACAGAGAUGCUCCUGAAAAGAAUACUAGUAGUCCAGAGGAGGAAUCUUCUUGUAGACUUGUAGAAGGUAUACAAGGUUUGGCAACAGUUCAGGAAGGGUCUUCACAGUUAGAAGGUAGGGCUCGAUAUGAAAACUGUGUGAGACAAGAAGCUGAGGAUGAGGCAUCAUCUGUGGACAAAUCUUUCUCUGUAGUGGCAAAUUCAACUGAAGCUAAACAUGGUGACAUGGGUGGGCCAGAAAUGAGUUCAAAUAGUUUUCAGAGUGACAAUGAACUUCCCUUUAAUGGAAUGGAAAACAGUUUUGAGAGAUGUGCACCAAAAGAUAAUGAUAAUGUUGACCCAAGAGAAGAGGUAAUGGACACGUCAGCAUGUCCUGAACAAGAAAGUGGGAAAAUACUGACAGAGCAGGAGAUAGGACCAGACUGUGAUCAUAUUCAGUACACUUCAGCAAGAGAUCAUUCAUACCAUCAUAAUGGUAUUAACAGACCCAUAGAGAUUCAUAUCUCAAAGUCUUAUACCGUACCAUCAAAUGCAAUCUUGUGUGCCAAUCAGACAUGCAUUGACACUUCUUCAAGCCCAUCUUAUAAAUAUGAAUUUCAGGUUGUUUUGGGAAAAAAUGUUGUCAAAAGGAAAAAGUGUUUAAAAGCUGCUUCUUCCCAGACUGACAUCAGUGGUUGCAAAGAUCAGGUGAUAAUGGAAGCUGAAAGACUAACUUUGGUUGAGGAAAUGCUCCAACUCCAUGACAAGGUUGUGGCAAGGUCAUACACAGUGGCUUCCUUUCAUAAGAACCUGGAAAAGGUGCAGUUUUACUCUGGGUUUCCUAAUUUUGAGACUUUGAAGGAACUUUAUGACUUUUUAUUUCCCCACAUGAGUCACCUCCCCCAUCUCGGUCCCACCCGCUUUGAGUUGUUCAUUUUCACUUUGAUCAAACUCAGACUAGGGAUCAAGGUAAAGGACAUUGCUUACCAACUUGGAGUCCCAACUGCUAAACUGUGCUCAGCGAUUACACAAAUGUUUGAUGUAAUGUAUUGCUGUCUUUCACCCUUGAUUGACCUUCCUGAACCAAAGUACCAGACAGUUAUUUUUUUUAAAUAAAAUUGACUGCCUUAAAUCAAGGUACUUCAUCCUUCAGCAUGUUCAGAGCAACCUGAAGAGCUCUGACUCUUGGUUGAAGUCAAAGGGAGUGAAGGAUGUGGUGUUGGUGUGUGAUGUCCUCAGCCAGUUUUAUGUUCCUGCUGAGGGUGAGGGUGCAGAUGUGGAUAUGACAAACAUUUGUGAUCCAUUCCAACUUCCUGAACCCUCAAGUGAGGACGAGUCCUCAGAUACAGAAUCAUCAUCAGACACAGAAUCUGAUUCAGCAGCAGACCCAGAAUCGAACACAGAUGCAGAUGCCAAAAGAGACAUGGGAGGAGAGGCACAAACAGAUAACAUCAGCAACUCAAACACAACAGACGUGCUUAGCAACAUUGGGGAUAGGCAAAAAGGAUGUUCAAUACAUUUGGAUAUGCCAAUUAGAGAUUCCUUUUGUGAUGUCCCUGUUGAUAGUGCUGUAAUCAGCCAGAUGGGUUUGGAGAGUGUCUCUACAGAGGAUUCCGUCAACUUUAGUCAGUCCAUUCUGCUGCCUACAAUGGAGACUCUGCGAUGCACUGAACCUUAUCAGGAUGUGAUGGCUGUGGACACUCCUUCAGAACCAUGUGAUAAUCAGUGGACUUUACCCCAGGUUGGUGUUAAUACUCUGGGUAAUGGAUGCAAUACUGGCAAGGAUGUUGACAUGGAAGGUGACAUAGAUAGCCAUUCAGCAGAGGAUUCUUCUGAAAAGAAGAUUGAACCAACCAUUUCACCAGAAAAUAUUUCAUCUGAAGAGAAGCGUGGUAAGAAACCACCGUUUGUCCUCGGUGAUCAUUCUCACUUUCAAUAUGAAACUCCCGUAAGUGUGUACACGAAUGACAAUGUUCUCGUGUAUCGUAUUCGAGAAAAUGAUCAGGAACCUGACUAUCUGGAGAAACGUAUAGAAAUUAUGGAGAUGUUGAUGAAUGAUCAUACAUAUCAUGGUCCAGACAAAACUGCAGAAAGAAGGAAAGAACUGAAAAAUGGACCAUCAAGAAGUCUUUAUUAUGAUCAUUAUGAUCAUGCAUAUUCCUACAGAGACAAAAGAAAAGUGGAAAGAACACCACAAAGUGUGAAAAAUUUGCAACCUCAUGGUCAUUGUGACGUUUUGAACACCCUGAGAAGUGACCAUGCUUACUCUGUGGACAAGAGAGUGGACAAAAUGGAAGAAACAGGUCAAAAUCAAUAGAAACGUUCUCACACAAGUGUUUGGUGGCUAGCUGGCCUGACUGGGGGAUGUGGCAAUGACUUGGCCCUAAUUGUUUUUACAAUAAUUUGUAGUUAUAUGUCACUGACAAGGCAUUUGUCUCUGUGUGGUCCUUUUCUCUCAAAUAUUGCUGGUCAGAGUUAUAUCCCUUAGAUGUGUAAGGAUCUGACCCUCAAGAUAUUCAAUUAUGAAUAUGAUCAUCAGUUUGUUAGUACCAUAUCCAUAAUCAUACACCUUUGGCUUUAACGGGUUCAGAAUUAACAUAAGACCAGCAAUCCGAGACUGGUAAAAUACAGGAAGGAUGUGUACAUGUGAAGAAUUUACGGCAGUGCAUCUGUGACAGUGUUUUUUUAAUUUGGCCUUGCAGCAACAGUAAAAUGGUUUUCAACA